GUGAAAAGACCGGACGAAUUAUAGACCCACUAAAAUUUUCAAUUGUCCCACUGUCUGCGACAACUUGCAACUUUACAUGCGCAAACCUACAAUCAGUCAAUUGAGAAGACAUAGUGCUCUUACUGAGGGCCAAUCAAUUCAGCAUGCCUAAAAAACAGUCCAAGAAGCAAGGUGCCUCGUCUGCUACGGGCGAUUCGCGAUUCGCUAACUUCGAAUCCGACCCUCGUUUCCGCCUACCCUCGAAGAGUCGCACCAAGACUACUAUAGAUAAACGUUUCUCACGUAUGCUGAAGGAUGAUGAUUUCGUCGCGAGUGCCAAAGUCGAUAAAUACGGUCGCAAGUUAAAGUCAGAUAAUAAGAAGAAAGCCCUACAAAACAUAUACCAGGCCGAUGACGACGAGGGUGCCGAAGUGGAUGAGGAUCAUGUCGUUGAGCGCGAACUUCAAAAGGCCAAUACCAAAUAUGACCCGGCUCGUGGUGGUGGAUUCUCCUCCUCUGAAUCCGGCUCGGAUGACGAGGAUGACGAGGAUGACGAAGAUGAUAAAGGCGAAGAGGAUGAGGAGGCCGAAGUAGCUACGUCUGGGAGUAUGCAAAGGUUGCGCGACGCUCAAGCAGACGUCGAAACGGGAGAGGUCACGAAACGGAUAGCAAUCGUUAACCUAGAUUGGGAUUACAUAAAGUCUGCCGAUUUACUGGCUCUUUUCUCCAGUUUUGUACCCAAAGGCGGACGGAUCGAGCGAGUUUCUAUCUACCCGAGCGAGUUUGGCAAGGAGAGAAUGCAACGGGAAGAGUUGGAAGGGCCUCCUAGGGAGAUCUUCAAGAAGGCUUCAGAGUCCCAGGGUGAAGAAUCCGAGCCUGACUCCGAGGAUAGUGACGACGACGAGGAAGAUGACGAAAAGAUAAAAAACGAUAUUCUUCAGGAAGGAGAUGAUCAAGACUUUGAUAGCGAUGCACUUCGAGCUUACCAACUGGACCGGUUGCGCUACUAUUAUGCCGUCAUGGUAUGCUCUGAUACGGCAACAGCAGAGAAGAUCUACGCCGCAACAGAUGGCACAGAAUACCAAUCAUCUUCGAAUUUUAUGGACUUGCGAUUUAUACCUGAUGAUGUCACAUUUGAUGACGAGCCGAGGGAUGAGUGCGAUUCCAUAUCGCCUGAUUACAAGCCAACCGAGUUCACAACUGAUGCUUUACAGCAUUCUAAAGUUAAACUUACUUGGGAUAUACAUCCCGAAGAGACGACCAGGAGAGAGGAUAUCAAGCGGGCAUUCAGUGGUAGUCGCGCAGAGAUUGAAGAGAACGAUCUGCGCGCUUAUCUUGCAAGCGAUAAUAGUGACGACGAGGAUGCUCGGAGUGAAGGGGAAGAGGACCAGGCCGAAGUGGCUGAUGAUCAGCCGAAAUUGACAAAAAGAGAGUUGAAAGCAAAGAAACUCCGUGAAGCUCUCGGUUUGAGCUCCGAACCUCUAUCGCGGCCUUCAAAAUCUGGUCCGGUCGGAGACAUGCAAGUUACAUUCUCCGCCGCCCUAAUGGACGAUGGUAAAAAGAAGAAAGAACCGGAUGCCGAAGAGACUACGAUCGAAAAGUACAUGCGUAAAGAGCGAGAAAGGAAAGCUCGGAGAAAGGAGAAGGUUGUAACGAAGCGUGAUGAAGGCUCUAAUCAAACAGAUGAUGAGACCGAGCAACCCCAGAAUGACCUCGGUUUUGAUGACCCCUUCUUUACAACCGAUGAGCCUGUUAAAAAGUCAAAACAUACCGAAAAGAAGGAGGAACGCCGCAAGAGGCGAGAAGCAAAAGAAGCUGAAGCAGCGGAGAAUGCUGCUCAGAAGGCCCAAUUGGAGCGACUCAUGGCUGAGGAUUCUAAGGAUGCUGCUGAACAUCUCGACCAUUUCGACAUGAACGAGAUUUCUCGCGUAGAAAAGCAGAAAUCCAAGAAGCACAAGAAGAGAAAGAAGGAAGUAGAAGAUCAUGGAGGUCUCCAAGAAGGAUUCGAGAUGGAUGUUGAAGACGAUCGAUUCAAGGCUGUCUUUGAUAGCCAUGAAUUCGCUAUCGAUCCUUCGAACCCACGAUACAAGGCUACGCCAGGAAUGAAGCAGCUACUUGAGGAGAGGCGCAAAAAGCGGAAAACAGACAACGAUGCGACCGAUGGACAGCAGCAGCAGAACAGUAAAGCUAAGAAGCAAAGGAGGUAGAUGCGGGUAAGCCAGAGUAAAAGUCGAUACCCUAGGUUAGGUACAUAUCGCCUCUGAUCUAUUUAUGUUAGUGUAUACGUUAAACCCGUUUUAUAGUCCUAGGUGAUGUCUUCCUACGAUAUUUAAUUAUAGGCAUCGUUCCUA